AUGCCCAAUUACGUCUCAUUGACAGAGUCCCAGCGACGGAAAAUAGCCGUCUUCAUCACAGAGUCUCAACCCCCCGCUCUCCAGAACCCUCUCGCCUCAACCAGCGGUGACAAAUCAGCCAUCUCCUCCUCUUCCCUUGGCGGCAGCCCCAGCGCAAGCACCGCCAACCUUGUCGCCUCAAACACAAACAAUAUCUCCUGCAAGGAAAUCGUCCAGUUUUGCAAGACUCGAUUCGGCUUCACUAUCUCCCUAUCCACCGCAUCCCGCCUGCGCUCCUCCGCCACCGAGCGUCUCUCGACCGAGCUCCUCAACCCCUCUGCCAAGCGUCAUCGCUCCGUCAAGUUUCCUGAAUUCGAAAAGGCCUUGAUCCAGGAACUAAGAGCGUUGGAAUUGGAGCAACAACAGAUUCAGCAGGAACAGGAGCGACAGAUGGCUGCUUCUGACGGAACCAUAGUACCUCAGGAUACAUCCCAACUGCCCUCAGUCAUGACUCUUACCAGCGAGGCCUCCAUUACACAAGUCGCUAAGGGUAUUGCAGAGCGAAUGGGCAUUCCAGAGACUGAGCUUGGCCUGACCUCGGGCUGGUAUCACGGCUUCAAGAGGCGACACGGUAUCAAGCAUCGCCAGUUUAAGCCCAAGGGAGGUAACGCCGCCUCGACUGGUUCGGACGGACCCACUCUGGGGUCGAUCGGCCUGUCUAGCGGAGCAAGCAACAACACAUCAGGAAGCACGAUGGACCAGGGUGACGGUAGUGAUGGUGCCGACGGUGAUGAGGAGAUGGAAGACGUUGGACAAGACGGCUCGAACGGCGGAAGUGGCGACUACGAUAGACUAUCAUCGGCCAUGAGACCCCUUCGCACAACAGACGACAACCCUUCUUACGACGGCGGUCCAGAAAUUGACCCAGGCCCUAGGUCUCCAAGCGAGAUGUCCCAGGGAGGCAACAAUGCAGGAUCAAGCAGCUCUCAGCGGUACAACAUAACUUUUACUCCCAAGGAGCCCCAGUCAUCGAACCUGGGUCACCGACCAGAGGUCAAGAAGGUGGAUGCGUCCAAGGCCAACGACGCGCUUGAUGUCAUUUCAGAAUACUUGCUCCAGAACGGUCAAAUCGGUGCGGCCAAGCUGCCUCUUGUCAAAGAGCUCCGCAAGUUCUUCCUCGCCCAGAUGGCGCUGGAAAAUGGACCUGUUAACGACAAUAUCCUGUUGACUUCAUUGGCCAAUCCUGUCCCCCUUCCUGGCCCAGCGCCCGUCGCGGUCAGUGUGCCUAAGCCAAGAGACGAAUCUGCAUCGUCACCAGCCCCGAUGGUCACCUCUGAAGUCGACAAUGACGGUCAGCCUAACACUCCACCUACCACUUCCACCCGUAGCCCCUAA